CGCGUCAGAGUAAUGGAAUGUACUACGUCCGUUUAAUUGGAAAAACGCGAUGGGGGUGCGAGGUCAGUUGAGUGGACUCCCUCCUCCACUAAUAGGUAGCCACGAUACGAUCUCGGGCCGUCCAGUCGAGCGACGUUGGUGCGGCCGGUUGGACACUGGCUGCGGCCAACGCCUCGCUGCUUGAUAUCGAAAAACAUUCGCGCCACAAAACUACAUCAUCUGCUUUCGCCUACAAAGAUACAAUUUAACAACAAAUGGCCAUUGAGUGAAUUGAUUCCAUGCACCAUGGGCUGUACCAGCAGCGCACCAAAUAUGACCACAACAAAUCAUAACGCUACAGAAAAAAUAAUAGAGUUCAGUGAUGAAGGUGAACUGCCAAUAAAGGAUGAUGUCAAUGUUAUUUCCACAGACGAAGAAAAUGGGAAAAAUGAAAUAAAGGUGCUUCCGUGUGAUACUUUAGCCGAUCCUAUACAAUUAGAUAGUAAUAAUAAAUCAAUUAUAGAUACGUCCAAAUUGGACAUGGAUGAAGAUAUUCCUACAAACGGCGAGGGUGUGAUAGAUAAUGAAACUGAAGCCAAAGAAAAUGAAAAUUUCGAAACGGAACAAAAAUUGUCUUCUUUAGAAGAUGUAGUGGAAAAAGUAGUAGAGUUACAUGCAGCAAAUAUUUUGGAAAAAAGAACGCAAGAAGUUCCCGAAAUACCUGCUGAAACAGACGUUACUAUAGUUGAAAACACAAAUGUUGAAGAAUUCAACAAAACGCCAGAGAGAAUUGUAGAAUGUGAGAGUGAACCCAGUGACCAACCAUUAAAAGAGGAACCUCCGGAAGGAGAGUCGAGUCCCAGUCAGUCAACUAGCAGUCGCGCCACGCGGUGGGAAGCCCUAGCGGACAUCGCGGCAGAACUGCCUCCCUCACUUACGGUGGACCCAUUAACUGGACAAAUUUACGCACUGUCUAAAUAAAUAUUCGUGCUAUUGAAGCAUUUUAUUACUUAAUUAUUUAUCAGUGUUUUAAUAUUCAU